GCAACCACCACCUGUAACGUGUCACCGCCACAGCCUUCGUCGUUGUCGUCGUCGCGCCGUCAUCGUCUUCGUCGUCGUCCCCUUUCGUUUUCUGACCACACACAAUCUUUCAUUCGACCUCGCACACACUGUCCGACUUAUAUACGCUACACCGGUGGUAGUGCAGGUGAUGAUCUGCGGCUGACCGAAAUCGUCCGUCGUCGAAUCCUGCCAAAGUGCACGCCGGCAUUCAAAAGAUGAGAGGGCGCGUCCCGUCCACGUUCGCCGUGCGCGUUUUUUACGUGAUGGCGUACACCGCGGUGGCUGUGCUGGGCGUCCGGGGCACCGACGACAGUCUACGGUCCGCGCUGGAAGCCAUUUCUGACAAAUUAGGAUCUACGUCCCCGCGGGUGGCGGCCGCAGUCUACUUGAACGCAGAUGACGGUCAACCAGAAGAUAUUGGCUACGGUUAUCAAAAAAAUUUAAGAAAUUAUGGAAAUAUAUUUGAACAAGGAGUACGAGUACCAAGCAAUAAGAAUUACGAAGAUGAAAUAGCUGAAAAGUUUCUUUACUAUUUAGCUAAUGAAAGUCCUCAGUACAAUCAAAAAUCGUGGAGUAAAAAGUCGAUAUUUCGCGAAAGAGAAGGCUCCGACACGCCGGACAAUUUACAACAAUUGAAAUAUGAUAGAUACGCGGCACCUUCUGCUUUUCGCGAACGGUACAAAACUAAUCCCAACAUAGUACAAGAUUAUAAAAACAAUAUGGAUAACCAAGGUGAUUAUUUGUACGCGUUAAAUACACUUAUAGACAAAUACAUAGAAGAAAAUGUACAAGGCAUGUCUGACGAAGAACUGGAGAGUUUUCUGAGAGCUCAAGAGGAAAAACGCAACAUACCGGAAGAAUAUCAAAAUGUUUACGAUAAUUAUUAUAAAAGGGCAAGCCCGAUGAAAAGGCAGUAUUUGUUUAUCCCCAGGGAUCAUACGAGAAGAAAUAAUAAGUAUCGAAGUAAAUGGGUAAAACCGAGAUUAAUGAAAAGGUCGAAGAAAAAUGUCGCGUUAAAUGAAUCGCACACAGACCCAAAAGUGGCCGCUGAGCUUAAUAAUAUUUUUCUGGGAUCAGAAUCAAACACAAACACCAACACCACAACAGAUAUAAAUAAUAGUGUUAAUCAAACAGCAAAACCAGGAGUGGAUGGUAGCAACUUAAAAAUAGAAUUGAAAAAAAAGUCCAUCGAUUGGAGUAAUUAUUUUGGAUAUGAUCGAAAGAAAAAAUCGAUCGAGAACAUACCAUCCGAAGAUACCAUUUUAAAUCAAUAUAUUCGUACUUAUGAGAAAGAAAAUGAAGCAAAUGAAGAGAACACUAUCAAUCUAAAAGAUGAAAAAUUAAUGUGGUUGGAAGAUACGCUAAUUAACAACGCACUGAAAUACACAGGAGCUAAUCAAGGAACCAAUGAUCCGGAAGAAAUAAACAACGUCAAAAAUCAAGUACUUGCAAAUUUGAAUCAAGCAUACUAUAUUGAAAAACUUAGAAAUGAAAAUAACGAGAUGCAAGAAAAACAAUAUGAAAAAGCAGAUUUAGUUAUACCUGCAGAAAAUAAUAGUCAACCUAUGAAUUCUAUAUUGGAUAUAGCAGAGUCAAACAAAGAAGCUGAUCGUAAUGAAUGUACUCAACUUCAACAAAUAACUCAGAACUGUUUAGAAUUGGGAGGGUCAGCUGGAGACUUAAUGUUGCCCGUAUGCUCGCUUUACCGUGUUUGUAGUAUUUGUGAAUCGGAACAAUCAGAAUGUGAAGAUAAAUUUAUACAAGGAUCUCACGAACUGUGCAGCAAAGCUCCAUUGUGUAGAUAUUUUUCACGUCGUAUAUUACAACUUAUGCAAGAACAACCACUACAAAUACAAUGUCAUAAGUGCAUGGUUAAUUUUUUACAGAACGAAGAUUAAUAGAUGAAUCUUUAAUUUGAUCAUAACAUUAAUUUAAAAAAGUGGGACGUUAUGCCUAUAAUAACAUAAUAUAAUUAUAUAUAUAUAUAUGUAUACCUAAGCUUAAAUCACAUUCAUUUAGAUGGUGCUAAUCUGUCUCAGAGUUACCAACUUUGUUUUCGCUGCUAUAUGCAAGUUAAAAUAAUAAAUAAGUAGUUUAUUCAAUA